GGGACGGGACGGAGCGGGGGGGCCUGGCGCAGGUCCCAGGCUCUGCCCUGCGCCGUGAUGCUGCGGCACAGACCGAGAUAACGCAGCCCGAGCCCAGCCGUGGAUCCCAGCAAGUGCGGGCAGAGCGCCUGGCCUCGGCCCUCCUGCUGCUGCCGAACCUCGCUGCAACCCACCGAGCCCCACCACAACUUGUGGAGCCCUGCUGCAGCCCACCGAGCCCCACCGCGGCGCCUCGCUGGGGUUGUGAGGACGAAGAGGCCCCGCACAGGGAAGGGGCUGCCAAGAGCCGUGCGUCCAUCCCGCGCAGGUGCCUGUCCCGCAGCUCCGGGAGCCCCUCCAGGAUGGAGGAACGGAGGAAGAAGCGGAGCCCCAGGGCCCAGCCGGUGCCUGCCGGGGCCGCACGGCCGCUGCCCGUCAGCAAGAGCGCGUCCUUCGCGCUGCCGCUGCCCGCCCUGCCCUCAGCCCAGCAGCGCGCCAGGCCCCGGCGGGCGAGCAAGGAGAGAGUGCGGGCAGGUGGCACGGGGGCGGCACGGGGGGCUCCGCUGCAGCACAGCUUCCUCACUGAGGUCUCCGACGUGUGCGAGAUGGAGGGGGGGCUGCUCAGCCUCCUCAGCGACUUCCACUCGGGCAAGCUGCAGGCUUUCGGGAAGGAGUGCUCCUUCGAGCAGCUGGAGCAUGUGCGGGAGAUGCAGGAGAAGCUGGCGCGGCUGCACUUUGGCCUCGACGUCUGCGUGGAGGAGCUCCCCGAGGAGCAGAAGAAGGCGGUGGCCGACAGGAACCUGGACCAGCUGCUGGUGCACGUGAGUGGCACCUCCGCGCUCCGUGCCCAGCCCUGCAGUGCUGGUGGGGUCCCCGCCGGCCCCCAGCCUCCCCACCGGUGCUGCAGCCUCUCCCUUUGCCUCCCGCAGCUGGAGGAGCUGAGCAGCUCCAUACAGAAGCUGCACCUGGCGGAGAGCCCCGGCCCCGAGGAGGCUGCAGCCUGACCCAGUGCCGUCCUUGCUGCAAGGAGGAGGCUGCUGCGAGGAAGAGGCCCCGUGGGACGGGACGGAGCAGCAGCCACAGCCCCGCACGGGGAGGACCCCCCGCCCUGUGCCCCCACUGCAGGGCCGAUGGCGGCGACACCUCGGGCACCCGCCUGGGAGAAAACAGUGGGGACCGGGACCGGGCCCUCCCCCCUUCCCCCCCUCCCCAGCCCCGCCGCCAUCUUGUGGGCCCCCAUGGCCGGGCGGGUGACGCCAUCGGCCGGUGCCCGGUGCCCCGUGGUGAUGGCGGCGGUGGCGGCGCCGGGCCCGCAGGCGGAGGCUGAGCAGUGGCGGCGGCUGCUGGGUGCCGUGACCCGCCUGCAGGUGGGGGUCCGAGGGGGGCACGGCGGGAGGGCCGGGCCGGGGCGCGCUGCCAUUAAACUGACUUGGCUCCAG